AUGCUUUCUAGUUGUGUAUCGACUGACCAGGGUUUCUGCUUCAGGAAACCCUGGAGGGAGAGGUUUUUCAGAUGUUUCAGGCGGUUCAGUGCUCAGCCUGGAUGCCUCUGGUCCUUUAUCAGGAGGGCACCGAAGGGCUCCUCACGGCACUGCAGACAGGAGCCGGUCCUCGGAGCCCCCUGCUCCACAUCCCUGCACGAGGGGCAGGAGCCCCACACCAGCGACAGAGCCCAGGGAGGGCGCAGGGGGGAAAGUGUGUCUGCAGGGGACAGGAAUGAGACCUGCAGGGUGUGGAGCGUCCAGAGACGCAGACUGGAGACGUUGGUGGGCAAUCUGGUGCCUGCCUUCCUGGGCUGUGACCCCUCCUACCUCUCCACAUUCCUGGCCACCUACAGGGCUUUUGGUACCCCCCAGCAAGUGCUGGACCUUCUCUUCACGAGGUACGGAUGCAUCCUCCCUUACUGCGAUGAGGAUGGUGGACCCCUGCACCAGCUGAAAAUGGCCAUGGCCUCCAUCCUGGGCACCUGGCUGCAGGUUUACCCUGAGGACUUCCUGCAGUCCCCAGACCGUCCCUGCCUGAAGAUGCUCCUCGCUUACGUAGAGCUCAGCAUGCCCGACUCGGACCUGGAGCAGCGAGCCCGCCAUCUCCUGGCGCAGCUGGAAACCCUGGAGCCCACUGAGGCAGAGGGGCACGCACCCGCUGGAGAAGCAGCUCUGGAAACAUCCCCAGACCUAGAGCCAACAGCACCCCUACUACCUGCCACAGCUCCACAGUCAGAGCAAGCUCAAAGCCCAGCUCCCAUUCAAGUUCAAGGACUGCAUCAAAUAAACACGCCGGCUCCAAACCCAGUGCCGCAGCGUGCUCAUGCCGUGGCUCUCCCUUAG